CCUUGCUUUGCGCCGCUCCGCCGCUGUCGGAGAGACGACGACGACGAGGACGAGAACGAGGACGACGCACGGGCGUACCGCGGUGUCAGCGAAUCCCAUUUCGUCGCUCGCGCGUGCUCCGCCGACGACAACGGGCGUGUUGUUCGCGUAGCCAAGUGUCGCGUUCGCGUACGUCGCGAGAAUCGUUUCGUUACGCUUUUGUGCAUCUCGGGGCUCUCGUCGACGAAACACCUCGUCCAGAGGGUGGGAGCGAGACAGAGAAAAAGAAAGGGAGAAAGAGAGGAAGGGAGAGCGAGAGAGAGAGAGAGAGGCGCCCUGGCCACUCGCGAAGGAUCGUCCUGUACGUUCCCUUCUGUCACCUUCGUGCCGAGACUGAUACGGAUCGCGCGGCGGCGUCGUCUCGACCGAUGCCCCGUCGACGGAUUCAACCCGGUGACGGUACGACCGUGUUGUGUGUUGUCCGUUGUUAGUGCAUCAUGUGAUUGCUUCCCCAGGGUAUUAUCUACGCCACGGUGACGGAUACUUCGUGCGAAGGAUGCAGGAACCGUCGUUCCCGCGCCGAAAAGGGCUCCUCACCCCAGUGUCGGUGUUGGUGCUGCUGAUACUACCAUUGGUCGAUCUACCUUCUGCAAACGGAUCUUGUGAGUUUCCAUCAAGUUGGACGGGAGAAUGGUACCAGUAUGGAAAACCCGUAUUCGCUAUAAAUACAACUGUUCUCGGAGAUAGAGUCUGCGUCGAAAGAACGGAUGACAAAUAUGUCGUUUUUUAUAGCACCGACAACUGUUAUCAUUGUAUGAUUAUCAACGGACGACAUGAGAACGUUAUUCAAUAUCGUGAAGGCCCGUGGUGUAACGUGGAUCGAAUGAGUUUGGAAGAAAUGUGUAAUACGAUUUCCUCGGAUGACAUGCUCUUUUCGAUAUUCCGCAUGAAUUCCAAACCGAUAUCUUGUCCAUUUAGCGGAUCGUCAUUCACAUUCACGUAUAAUCGAGGUUACGGUGAAUGUACAAUGCCUAUAAGUCUCGCGGAAAAAUGUACAGACGAGAGUAAGCUUCUUCUCAAGUACCAGGCCUGUCCGGACGUCGAUGGGACCGAAAGUAACACCGAGGAACUACAAUGCCUUGCCGUUUGGAACGAUGGUCGAAAUAAAUAUCUGGUGGGAACCUUGAGAGGGAGAAGCGUUCUGAGUGCAAAGAUGUACAGGUGUUUCCUGUACGAAGAAAAGCCUCAUCAUCAGGGAAAGAUGAUUUAUUUGCUUGCCCAGUCUGGCGAUCCGACUUGCAAUGGUUUAACCACCGUUUCUGAGGGUUCACCUACUAUAAAGCUUACUAAAGUCGAUAAGGAACACAGUAGAUGUAAAUAUCCGGCCUGGGUAACUCAGCACCAUGACUGGCACUCUCUCGACGGUACGAAGGAUUAUCACUUCACAAAUAAAAAUGCCACUCUGAAAAUAAAGGCACAAGCACAGGAUGCCAAUGGCGAAGCGUUCCAUGAAGAAAAAAUUGUUUGUCAUAAUUUAGAAAAAUUGUCUCCGAACGAAAGCAUGGGGAAUAAAGUGAAACUAGUCGCUCAUGUCACCAGCGGCUGCGACAUUGGUUACGUUUGCAUGAUAUUCCACAAAAGAGACAGUCAUAUUAUUGAGAUACAGCAAUCAGAUCAAAAAGCAAUUAUGCCAGACGAGGCGUGCUCCAUCUCCGAUCCUUCCACGAUGCCGUAUACGACCUUAAUAACCACGUCCUUGCAUCAAAGAAAAUGUCCUAAUCCAGGACGAUACGAGAUCAUGGAUUUUGCUGCAUCGGAUAUGUUGUCGGCUCCCAUGUCAAGGCGACAGCGGCGUAGUGACUUAUCAAAGACGACCAAAAGGCGAAUUUGGCAGGACAACACCGAGGACGCGGAAUGCAGGAGUACGGACAUUCAAGUAGGCUGCUCCUCGCUCGAUCAAACUGAAAUGAUAAUCGCCAAUACAUGUGAACAUGAAGAGAUUGCCUAUUUUUGUCAUGGCAGUUGGGAGGAGAAAGGGACGUGGUACACGAUAGCGUCGCAACGGAAUUCCGAAUUCUCAGCCAGCCUAGGGCAAACGUUUUGUUUUUCUAUGCGUCUUGAAAGUGUCAGAGACAGAGUCUUGGGAAGAGGUGGCAGGCAGAAGCAACAAGAGCAAGAAUUAUGGCUAUCUAGGCCAUCGCGUACUUGUCAGAGAGAAUCCAAGAAUGAAGAUACAUAUAGACUGUCAAAUCGAGGGGUGUGUGAAGAUUUAACAAAGGCAGCUUCUAGUGCAGCAUUUGCUCCAUCGUUGUCCCAGCCUUUGUUUACCCUAAGUACAGCAGCUUAUGUCGCUAUUAAUAUGCUAUGCGUAUUACUCUGGAGAUGAUCUGCAGCUAUUAUAUAAGAACUUGAGGUACUACAAUUUCCAGCACGACUUCUCAGGUAUUGCGUGUUUCUGGAAGUGUAUAUAGCUUACAUACAGUUUGAUAGCUAUUGAACGAUCGAUGAGCUGUCAGUAUGAUGUGGGAAGCGUGCAGCUAAUAAUUAUUAUCAAUAUAUUCAUUUCCGUUUCAUUGAAACAACAGCCUAAUUAGGUAAAUUAGUAACCACAAUUAUUUCUAACGAGACUAUUUAUAUAUGUUCAUGAGUUUUGUACACAAUUAUUUUUUAUAACAUUUAUCAUAAUUUAGCAAAUUGUAGUAUUCUAAACAUUUGCUUUAGAAUUGUUUUAAAAUACAAAAUAGUAUUUUGUACUUCAAACAAAUUUAUGUAUCGUACAUAUGUAUUUGGAACAUUUUAUUCUAUUUGGAAUAUUUUAUUCUAUUUCUGAUAAUAUUUUUGAGAUUACGAAAGUGUGUAGUUUACGCGACAGCCUCAAAUCAUGACCACUUCUGAAUAUCUAAACUCGAAGACUCACAUAUAUAUUCUUAAGUAUUACCGCGCUACUGUAAAUACGACCAGGGUAUAAGUAAUCGAGAUAUUUUAAUUGAGUUAUUUUCGAGUGAAAUUGGGGAUAUGCUAUGUAAUUACAAUUUAACAGAUUGAACUCGUAUCUAAUAUAAAAUAAAGCAAGGCACAUAGGUUUUAUCUUUUAGCUAGUAUAUACAAUAAUUGUACAUAAUAUAAUUAAAAUAUUGUAUAAAGACUGUUUUUAAAAGAGUAUAACAAGUAUACCGCUCACGAUAUUGCAUAUUGUCACUGAAAGUGUGUGCAUUUUCAAAGACGUUCUCGAGAUCGGCCUCGCAAUCGAAGAUCCGUGUACGUAUGACACUCGUGUUACAUUAAGUUUGUGAAUCGGAAUAGAAUAGAAAAUCUCGAAGAAUAGAAAAAGUCUAGUAAAUAGAAAAAAAAAAUUAUUUCAUGUCAGUUUCUGUAAAAAUCGAACAUGCAUCAAUGUGAAAUUUAUCAAAAAACUGAAACUAAACAAAAUUUAAGCUUCAAGCUUAUUCUAUUAAGACAAUUUUAUUAAAAAGUAUCAAUUUUUUAAUUUUAGUUGCCGAUUUUUUCAUCAUUUGAGCCUAUUUGAAAUUUAUUUAUUUGUUUAAUUUUUUAAUUGUUACUUGUAUAACUCAGGAUUUGUUAAUUUAUAUGUAAUGCUUUAGUUCUUUAAUUUAUUAAAUAUGUUGCAUGGCCCUUAUUUUUUAAAUUUGAUAAUAUUGUAAACUGAUAUCUGUUAAUUGUUCUUUUUGCUCUUUUUAAUUAUUGUUUAUUAUCUCUCUGGAGUCUCUUUAUUGUAUCCAAUCUUUGAAAAUUGCAUAAUAGUAUAGAAGAGAUACAUUUUCUUUGGAACAUUUUUUUUCGCAGAUUAUUGUCUAAUGGUUCUGAAAUUAAUAGUUUUAAAGCAUCUUUGGAAAGUUAAAGGUAAAAAUCAUUGCUCUAUUGCAUUCAUAAAUUUAUCGAACAACACUGUGCAUCGUCAAAGAUUUUUGGUAGGCCUAACAUAUAAACGACUGACUGUGGUACAUUUGUGGAUGCAUUAAAAUACGUAUUCAUCGCGUGUGAAUAUACAUAGCGCUUUUGCAUUUCUGACACAGAGCUAGUGGAUGUUGAAAUAAAUCAAUUGCGAUUCUUGAUACCUCCUAUUUAUCAUCGAUGUCAUACGCAAUUCGCAUAUGUAUCGCAAUUCAAAUGUAUGGCCUCUCCAGUUUAUAUCAUUGUGCUCGAAUAUCAGCAAGUUUCGAUCCGCGCCACGCUGAAUUCAUAUAUCACGAUGAAAUAUUUCCUUUUAAAUACCCGGUGAUACAUUUUUUGAUAAUUUAAUACGCAUUUAAUCUCUUGCAAACAACGCGUAUUGUACAAAUAUCGAGUCACUUGUGUGCUUUUUUCUAUUGCAUUUUCGAAAAUUAAGAUAGCGUACAAUUAUCACUAACAAUACUUACACAUAUAAUCUGGAAAUUAAUAUCUACAUAUGUAAAUCGGAUGACUUCGAGAAAUAUAGUUUGUAUCUUUAUCGUAUCUCUCUAUAUUUCUCAUAAUGUAUUUGGAUUUUCAUAAAUGAUACAACACUAAUUGUUAUUUUUUUAUUGAAAACUUGGUAUAUUUCGCGUUUCGGAGUAUUUUUAUACUAUAUAGCGACAGUGUGUGUAUGGUGGUAUUAAUAAAAAAUCAUAAAUUUUCAUUACUAACAUUUUAGCCGAAGAGAUAAUAUGGCUGAAAUGAUAAGAUUUAAAAAUACUAUUGGUAUAACGUUGACUAUAUAACAUCUUGGAAUCUCUAUAAAAUUUGUACUGAUUCGAGAGUAUUAAACAAAAAUAACAUAAUAAUCUAUAUGAUAUGAACGAGGGAGGGAAGCUGAGAAUAUGGUCCAUCAUGCGAAGCUCAAUAGUUUUCUAUUUUUAUCAAAUGACACUCUGCCAUAUAUAUUACACACACACACACACGCACACAUUUAUACUGCAAUUGUACAUAUAUAAAGUUUUAUUGAUCAUACCCGUAUAUAUGUACACACAGAUAUAUACUUGCAUAUAUAAAGCCACACAUGAUAACUAUAGGAGAAGCGAAAAAGCGAUAGAAGAAAAAAGUACGUAGAGGAACUCGUAGAUACACAUUUUAGUACAUAUUUCGUCAUCCAUUAACUCUGUGACAUCCAUUUCAUGUACGCGUAAAUGUGACAGCCAAAAGAGAAACGAAACUGAACUCUAAAAAUACAUUUUUAUUGUAUAUAUCGUAUAUUUUCUAAAUAAUGGACUGUUCCGGAAUUCAGGAGAUUUGUUGAAGUAAGCGAAAGUGUAUGGAUUCGAAUUAUAUUAAAUAUUUGAGCAUUUAAAUAACGAAGACAGAUUCUUAUUUUUAUACGGAUAGGAUGGACUUAUCGCUAUGUCCUAAUCCCCCUACACACACGAAACUUGACACGAUAAGCGAAAAUGUAGUCAUAUACAUACGAAUAGAUAUUUUACGUAAGUUUUGUAACUGCUGCAUUUAUAUCGUUAGCAUCUCAUCUCCGAAAGCAAGAAGCAAUUCUCGACUGUAGAGGCCUAGUUCAUUGCCGUCGCAAACUUUUUAUUAUAAUUAUUAAUAUUUUCUCACCAUAUAUAUUAUAUUAAUAUUUUAUUAUAUUUUUUGUACGACUCUAUUGUUUUAUAUAUAUACAUAUAUAUACAUAUAUACUAUUUUGAGAGACACGAGAUAUCUAAUAAUAGUGACACAGUGCAGGCCUUGUUACUUUAUGCGCGUUUGAAAAUGCGAAACAGAAACGACAACCGAUAUGCCUUAAAUAUACAAUUUCUAAUGCCUUAUGCGAAUCACAAAAGUAUGAACGGUCGGUUACUUUUAUACACUGAAACGAUCCCGUGUAUGUUUUUGACAAAAUUUAACAGGACUGAUACACACACUGCGUGCGUGCGUACAUUAACGAUAUUAAAUUAUCAUACCUACACACAGCGUACGAUCCCCCCAUAUAGUCGAUAUGACUGUAUUGAAUUCCGGAAACAGAUAUUACACGAUGUAACUUUAAUAUUUCUAAAGUAAGCUCUAAUUUAUAAGGUGUGGAAAUGAGUAAUUGAAAGUCGCGAGAGAAACGCUCACGCGAAAACGAGAGGGAGAGACACGAAAGAAAAAGAAAGAAAGAAAGAAAGAGAGAUGAUAAUAACUCACGAGUUUUGUACAUCCACUUGCGCACACGUAUAUUUUGUUUAUUGCUGUGAUGAAUUAUGUAAUUAUAAAUAUUAGCGUGUAAGGCGGUUUGAAAAUGCGGCUUUCCUUGCCAUUCUAGUAUAAUUGCAAGCAUUAGUCACACACUUCUCCCCUCCCCCGCUGUUCGAAUGUAAGCCUCUUUGAAAAACCUUACGGUUACGGAACAAGACGACCUAUUUAUCCUCGAUGUAUUUAAUUGUACGAUAUUUACGGCAUACUUGUAAAGCGCCUUGGAUAAACGACUCGUUCAGAAGGCGAUUCGCCGCAACGACAAUUUCGUACGAGAAAAAAAAAAAAGAAGAUCUGAUUUAUUUUGCUACACGCGUGCGGGAAUUAUACGAGAACAAACUACGCCGAGUGUAUAUGUUUAUCCUCGCGCGAAACUAACACGGUACUUACUCAACGAUGCUAAUAUAACAGGGAGACUUUUCUUAAUAAAUAAAAAGAUUAUUGCCAACA